CAAACUGCCAGAAGGUCAGACGACUCCGUAGCUAUCGCAAGCGUGUUGCGUCUCUGUUGUCCCGAAACAAAAAGCUGUUUUUGUUUUUUUGAAUAUUGUUUUGGAAGGGAGAGAGAGAGAGAAAACUCGUAUUGAAAUUAGGAGAAAAUUAUUUAAAUUUCAAAAGAAGACGGACGACAUCCAAAAGAAAAGGCCCUCAAUGUUGUGAUGUGUUUUUGAAUUCCCGCCAAGUUUCAAGUGUUCGUUUUUUACACCGAAACGCGUUUAGUUUUUUAAAAAAUACUGAAACAAAAGAAAAACGGAAAUUUGUUCGACAUUUAACCUCCACCAUCAAAUUUGAUUUGUUUUUUCUCUUCUUGUUUUCCCGUUUUGUGUGUGUGUGUGUGUGCACGCGUGCCGUCACCAGCUGUCAACCUGUUGGCCCCCACCCCAUCGAAGCCUUCAAGUCAUCCCGAGAACGUUUAAGUGCUUUUACGUCAUCAACAGCUGAUCGUCUUCAAACAAAAGACUGGACAAAUGAACGGGCGCAACGGUUAAACGUGGAUACGUUGGAUCACCUUUAAAAAAACGAAACAAAAAAUUGGGGAAAAGGAUGCGGCUUGUCGCGAGCAACGGCCGCAUUAUUUUGGCCGUUUUGCUGCUUGUUCAGCGCUGCUGUGACGCAAUGCAAGAAUUACAAAAACAGCAAACGCAGCAACCUUACAACUGCCCGAAGGAAUGCAUCUGUUUGUCAUCGACGCAAGUGUUGUGUAACGGCGGAGGACUGAGCCAAAUUCCCGACGAUCUACCGCCGUACGUGGAACACCUUUCGCUCAUCAAGAACAACAUCCGCCAGUUGAAGACGGACGCUUUCCAGCGCUACAAGACGUUGCGUAAACUCUAUUUGGACGGCAACGCCAUCAAUCAAGUGCAGGCGUUCGCAUUCCGCGGCCUCGGCCGUCUUCAGGAGCUGUCCAUGCAAAAUACUCCGCUCGACAGGCUCGGACAGUUCACCUUCUCCGGCUUGCAUAAUUUGAGCCACCUCUACUUGGCCAACAAUCAAAUACGGCGCAUAGAGAGCUACGCCUUCGCUGGCACUUCGUCCAUCCGCCUUUUGGUGCUCACCAACAAUCCGACGGUCCGCAUCGAUUCAUCCGCUUUUGCUGGACUGAGUGAUGUUCAAAUGAUUUAUUUGCCUGCCGGCGUCCGCCACCUGGAACAAGAUGCUUUCAACGGACUGUCGAUGAUCGGACAUUUAAAACUGGCCCAUUUGGAUCUGCAGUCUCUCAAUAGUUUCGUCUUUCGAGGCUUGAGGCAUGUACAGCUGUUGAGUAUUCAAGAAAGCGAUUUGGGCGUGAUCCGACCGGGCGUUUUUACGAAUAUGAGCAAUAUCGGCCGUCUGAGUUUGACCAACAAUAAAAUCGACGCCAUCGAAUCGUUUGAAUUGACGGCCGAUAACCGCGUCCGCCAAUUCCAUUUUAUCGGCAAUCACGUCCUGGAUUUGCCUCACGGCCGCGCUAUCCACAUCCAAGGUGUGCCAAUUGUAAACGCAUCCAACAAUCAUUUCCCUUGUGAUUGCCACAUCGUCAGCUGGAUGAAAUCAGCCAUGUUCGCUAAUCAGAGUCGCGAGCGCAUGAUGGCCAAUAAUUAUUGCAUUUCACCGUACGAAGUGCACGGCAAAUCCAUCCAAUCUGCUGCGGAAGAAGCUCACCUCUUUGGCGGAUGUGCGGACGACGAUCCGCCGGAACGUACCGUCGCGUUGGAAACGACCAAACCAUCGACUUUGUUUAGCAGCAGCAGCUGUUCAUCAAUGAACGGACAAUCGAUGACUAUUUUAAUCGCAUUGUAUUUAUUGUUCCAACAGUUUGUACAGUUGUAAAUAAUUCCAUCGGUGAAAACUUUGGAUUUGAAUAUCCCCGAUGUGGCCAACAAUCAGGGAAAGAAGUGAAACCAACAAAAGAAGGAAAGUGAUCAAUAAUAAGCGGAAUAGACAGCCGAGUCGCUGGCUAGUAUAGUGGCGCUUGAAUAGUAAGUGGAAACGGGUCGGCUGCUGGACACGCGUUCCGGCAAUUCGUAGAUGGAAUUGCAGUCGUCGUCGGAUGCGCCAACCGGAAGCUGCGGACGCCGAUACAGCCAGUCCUCAUAGUCUGACUUUUGCCAUAACUCUCGCCACUUCUGUACAAAAACAAAAAAAAACAAACAAAUCACACGAUUGGCUUUUGUUUUUUUCCGUCUGCCAAUAGAAGACACGCACUGGAAAAAAAACAAAAACUUUGGCUUGGAAUAAAAACUUAAGUUCGAUCGGGUUCAGUGAAUCAUUCAUCCCUUCUCUGUGUCUGUUGUCUCUAUUGCUCUUUUCCGUUCUUCUCUCUUAUUGUCAAAGAAGAACAGUUGGUAGAGGGCAGGGGGGUGUAUAAAGUUGUCCAGUCAACUGACCUCUACCCUCCUUUAUUUUUAUUUUUCGUCUACUGUUGUUGUUAUACCAACGGAUACUAGCCACGAUAUCCCCCUUCACAUCGGCGACAAUUCAUUUAUGAUGCUGGAUAGAGUUUUUAUAGAGAUGGCCUUUUCGUGCUUCUUUUGUUUUUCUCUCUUUUUUUAUGGCACGCUUCGUCCACAAGUUUUGUGUCUGCCUGAAAAAAGAGCUACUAGAGUCAUACAUAUAGAUUGGUGUAUAGUACCUUGGUGCUGGACAAGUGGCCGUAAUGACGGGCGACCAAGUAGAACGGAGUCAGCAGGAUCGAAACCCAGGGGAAGCAUAACAGCAAUUGGCCCACGAUGGCCAUUACGUUGGUGUUGUCGGCUAUUCGCACGCCAGCGUCAACGAUGCACAUCUGUUGCAAGGCAUUUCUCUUUUUCAAUAUUAUGCGAUAAAGCUACAAGAUACACUAUACAUACAAAUCAUGUUUACAAAAUACAUUUCGAGAAAUUUACUUUCCGUACUCUUUCGCAUUUCUUGUUUGCUCCCCCCCUCCUUCCCUUGUAAAGUUUUAUGCAUUUCCCGCUAUUUAUGUAUACGUGUGUGUGUGUGUGUAUACAACCGUGUGCUGUACAGCAAUAAAUCUAUCGACUAAUCCCA